AUGGCUUUCCUCAAGACUUUCCUCGCCUCUCUGCUCAUUGCAGCUCCCUUGGCCACCGCGGCCCCCGUGGAUGUUGCCCAGACCAUUGGCAACAUGGCCGAAGCUGUCGGUAGCGAUAUUGGUGGUGGACUUGGCGAAGAGCUCGACAAGAAGAUGGGAAUCAGCGCUUUCCUUCGACCUAUGCUUUCUAACCCUGACUCUCUCAACAUUAUCCCUAACCGAUACAUCGUUGUCUACAACGACACCUUUGAUGACGACGCCAUCGCCGCCAAGGAGUUCUCUAUUGCCUCCGCCAUCAAGAAGCGAAACCUCAACAAGCGAAGCUCCAUCGGCCAGGCCAUGUCCACUUCCAUCAAGUCCUUCCGCAUGAACACAUGGCGCGCCAUGUCCCUUGAUGCUGAUGACAUGAUGGUCCAGGAUCUCUUCAAGUCCGACGAGGUUGCCUACAUCGAGGCCGACACCCGUGUUCAGCUCAACGCUGCCAUUGCUCAAGUCAACGCACCCCCUGGUCUUAACCGUCUCUCCCACGCUCAGGCCGACCAGGAGAACUACAUCUUCGACGACUCCGCUGGUGAGGGUAUCACUGCUUACGUUGUCGACACUGGUAUUAAGGUCGACCACAGCGAGUUUGAGGGUCGUGCCACUUUCGGAGGCAACUUCAUUGACAAUGUCAACGGUCAUGGCAGUCACGUUGCUGGUACCAUUGGUGGUGCUACCUUUGGUGUCGCCAAGAAGGUUGACCUUGUUGCCGUCAAGGUUCUCGACGCCUCGGGCGGUGGUAGCAACUCUGGUGUCCUUCAGGGCAUGCAGUUCGUUGUUGACGAUGUCAAGAAGAACAACCGUGCUGGCAAGGCUGUUAUGAACAUGUCUCUCGGUGGUGACAAGUCCGAGGCCAUCAACCGUGCCAUUGAAGCUCUUUUCAAGGCUGGUGUUGUCCCCGUUGUUGCAGCUGGUAACGAGAACCGGGAAACUGCCCUGACUUCUCCUGGAUCCGCCCCCAACGCCAUCACUGUCGGUGCCAUCGAUGCUACUUCCGAUCAGCGUGCCGAUUUCUCCAACUUUGGCCCUGAGGUCGACAUUUACGCCCCUGGUGUCGAUGUCCUCAGUGUUGGUAUCAAGUCCAACACUGACACUGCUACUCUUAGCGGUACCAGCAUGGCCUCUCCCCACGUUGCCGGUCUCGCUGCCUACCUCAUGGGCUUCCAGAAGCUCGACGGCCCCGCGCAGGUUGCCAGCCUUAUCAAGAGCCUUGCCGCUGAGAGCGGUGCCAAGGUCCGCAACAACGUCCGUGGCACCACCGACGGCAUCGCCAACAACGGCAACCAAUAG